AUGGGGGGGGGGUGGAGGAGGGGCGGGAGGGAGGGUUGUAGGGAGCAGAAGGGGUUGAGAGGAGGGGUGAGCGAGGCAGAGCUGGGUGCAGUGGGGGGGUGGCAGGGGAGGGAGUGGUGGGUUCAAGGGGAGGCGGUGAGGGGGGCAGUGGAGGAUGGCAGGUGGGCGCUCUACUGCCACCUGCUGGACCACCUCCGGUUCACUCGGCACGGCGGGGCUGACAGGUGGGACUGCUGGUGUGUCACCGCCUCCUUUGGCGUAUUGCCACCUUCUGAAACCUCCCUGCUGUCACACCCACUUCUCCCGUAUCAAUCGUCUGCCCCUCCCCCUCCUGUCCCCCCUUUCCCCCUGCCCCCAUUCCCCACUGCCCCCACUUCCCCCUACUCCCCCCUACUCCCCCCUACUCCAGUUCCUCACGUGGUGGUGGAGACAGCAGAGGCAGCACAGUUCACUCUGGUUCCAACUCCCACCCUGCCCCCCCCGUCCCCUCCUCUCUCCCAGUCGCAUAGCAUGCACGGUGCCACCACAGCAGGCGCACCUCUGGCGUGGCUGCAGGGGCUGCUGAGACGAGGCAGUGCGAGCAGCGCGGGUGGUGCCGGCAGUGGUGAUUCAGGCAUGGAUGCUGUGGUGCGGAUUGUGGGUGCAGGGGUUGGCAAGGGUGGUGGGCAGGCAAGGGUGGUGGGCAGGGCGAGCAGUGCUGGUGGUGUGGGCAGCGGUGAUUCAGGCAUGAGUGCUGCGGUGCGGGUUGCGUUGCGGGUGCAGGGGAUGAGGAGGGUGGGUGGCCCCGUGGGUCUGGUGCGGUGCAGCGUGGUGGGCAGCAGAUGGGGGGAGCUGCGACAGCUGAGAGGAUGGAAGCUGGUGGUGGUGGUGGCAUUGGAGCUAUCGGAUCUACUCCUUCCACUCGUGAAGGCAGCCGUCACAGCAGCAGGCAGGGCCGUCUCCUUCCUCCUCGUUGCUCUCAUUGUUCGCUCGCUAGGCCUUGUGUAUCAGGGCAUCCGGCAGAGCUGGGGGCAGGCUCUCUAG